UUAAAAAAAAGAUUUUUUAUUAUAAACAUGUAAAUUAAAGCCUCGCAAGUGCUUUUUGGAUUUUUUUAAUGUCAGCCAUGUCAGCAAUUGUCAGCUGCGCCGGUGGCAGAUUUUGGAACUACGUAUGUUUUUUUUUUAAUUCGACGCUGCCAUUUUCGUUUUGUGGCACGGCUAGGCGGCGGUUUUAGCGUAAAAAUUGUUGAAAUAGCUGGCAUUUAUAUAAAAAGUGUUUAGAUCAUUGUGUUUUGUGUUUGUUUGGCGGUAGAUACUUGGAGCGCCAGAGACUUUUGCGCAAAUUGCGCCAAGUAAUUAUUGACUUCCUCGAGUGUGAAGGUGAUGGUAGUCCGGUAGUUCCACCGCAGCCAUGCCGCUGCCGAAGCGAUGCGUGGAGCCGGUCCACGUGUCGCGCGGCACCGUGCCGGAGCGGCUCGCCGUGCCGUCCGAGCUGGAGGCCGUCACCAACGGCACACUGGCCAAUACUGUGAGGCAACUGUCGUCCCUAUCGAAGCAUGCGGAGGACAUGUUCGGCGAGCUGACAAGAGAGGCGAGCAACCUCGCGGAGCGCACCAACGUGCUGCAGGCGCGGAUAGACAGGCUAGCCAUCAAGGUCACGCAGCUCGACUCUGGGGUUGAGGAAGUGUCGCUUCAAGACAUUCAAAUGCGCAAGGCCUUCCGCUCCUCGCGGACAUUCCAACAGCAACUAUUCAGUCGCAACUCGAUGCCGACGGCCAUGUUGGCGACGUACGCGCGCUGCGACCGCCCGCCGCCGCUCGAGAGGCUCAACGAGUUCAGAGACGACGGGAGAGACGCGAGGAAGUUCUAUACCGAUCCGGAUUACUUCUUCGAAUUGUGGAGAAGGGAAAUGCUGCAGGAUACCGAGCGCAUUCAGCACGAUCGCGGGAAGAAGGUGCGGCAGCCCCGCAGCGGCGGCGGCGCCGACGGGCGCGGCGCGCGGCGCGUGAGGCCGCCGCACUCCACUAGAGAAAGACAAAAGGCGGCAGCCGUGACGCGCGGCGAGCACAUCAUGGCGCCGGCGCAGCUGCGGCACUACAACAUCGAGCCGCAGCCGCCGCCGCUGCAGACGCAGCUCUCGCAGCAGUCCAUCCGGCAGGAGGCCCUCUAUGCUACAAGCGUCACGGACGGUGGCUACCGAGUGGGCAUGAACCGUCCGCCUUCGUCGCAGGCGGCGCGACCCAACUCCAUCGAGAUCGAGAACCAUCAGAACCGACAACCGAGGCUCACAGGAAACGGACAUGUGAUGGUGGACGAGAGCCCUUACGGGUCGGUGGAGCCCAUCUACGGCGGCAGCGGCGCCGGCACGCCGCGCCGCCCGCGGCCCUCCGUGCCGCCGCCCGCGCCGCCCGCCGACUCGCCCAACAACCACACGCCGACCAGAUCGACGUUGCCCCCGCCGCCGCCGCCGCCGGAGGGCACGGCGUCGCCGCCCAUGAUGAACGGCGCGUCGCCGCCGCACCGCACCGCGCUCGACGCGCACCUCGACCACAUGCACGCCGUCAUCGGCAUGAUGUCCUCGGAGGAGGGCGGCGCGCCGCUAGCCGCGCCGGCGCCCCUGCCGCCGCCGGCGCCCCCCGCGCCGCCCGCCCCCGCCGCCCUCGCCCCCGCCCCCGCCGCGCCCGGCCCUCCGGUGGCGGGGGCGGGGGAGCGGCCGCGCCCGCCCUCGCCCGGCUCGCUGCUGCGCGGCGCCUCCCAGCUCAAGCCGCCCCGCCAGGCCACCGAGCCCAAGGAGGACCCGCGCUCCGACCUGCUCAAGGCCAUCCGGGACGGCAUCAAACUGCGCAAAGUGGACAAGCGCGGCGACGAGACGACGGGCCGCUACGACACGCUGCGCGGAGCGCCCGCCUUCCUCGACGUGGCCUCCAUCCUCGCGCGCCGCGUCGCCGUCGAGCUCAGCGACACCAGCUCCGGCGCCGACUCCGACUCCGACGACUCCGACCAGGUACACCCUUCCUCGACGUGGCCUCCAUCCUCGCGCGCCGCGUCGCCGUCGAGCUCAGCGACACCAGCUCCGGCGCCGACUCCGACUCCGACGACUCCGACCAGGUACACCCUUCCUCGACGUGGCCUCCAUCCUCGCGCGCCGCGUCGCCGUCGAGCUCAGCGACACCAGCUCCGGCGCCGACUCCGACUCCGACGACUCCGACCAGGUACACCCUUCCUCGACGUGGCCUCCAUCCUCGCGCGCCGCGUCGCCGUCGAGCUCAGCGACACCAGCUCCGGCGCCGACUCCGACUCCGACGACUCCGACCAGGUACACCCUUCCUCGACGUGGCCUCCAUCCUCGCGCGCCGCGUCGCCGUCGAGCUCAGCGACACCAGCUCCGGCGCCGACUCCGACUCCGACGACUCCGACCAGGUACACCCUUCCUCGACGUGGCCUCCAUCCUCGCGCGCCGCGUCGCCGUCGAGCUCAGCGACACCAGCUCCGGCGCCGACUCCGACUCCGACGACUCCGACCAGGUACACCCUUCCUCGACGUGGCCUCCAUCCUCGCGCGCCGCGUCGCCGUCGAGCUCAGCGACACCAGCUCCGGCGCCGACUCCGACUCCGACGACUCCGACCAGGUACACCCUUCCUCGACGUGGCCUCCAUCCUCGCGCGCCGCGUCGCCGUCGAGCUCAGCGACACCAGCUCCGGCGCCGACUCCGACUCCGACGACUCCGACCAGGUACACCCUUCCUCGACGUGGCCUCCAUCCUCGCGCGCCGCGUCGCCGUCGAGCUCAGCGACACCAGCUCCGGCGCCGACUCCGACUCCGACGACUCCGACCAGGUACACCCUUCCUUGACGUGGCCUCCAUCCUCGCGCGCCGCGUCGCCGUCGAGCUCAGCGACACCAGCUCCGGCGCCGACUCCGACGACUCCGACCAGGUACACCCUUCCUCGACGUGGCCUCCAUCCUCGCGCGCCGCGUCGCCGUCGAGCUCAGCGACACCAGCUCCGGCGCCGACUCCGACUCCGACGACUCCGACCAGGUACACCCUUCCUCGACGUGGCCUCCAUCCUCGCGCGCCGCGUCGCCGUCGAGCUCAGCGACACCAGCUCCGGCGCCGACUCCGACUCCGACGACUCCGACCAGGUACACCCUUCCUCGACGUGGCCUCCAUCCUCGCGCGCCGCGUCGCCGUCGAGCUCAGCGACACCAGCUCCGGCGCCGACUCCGACUCCGACGACUCCGACCAGGUACACCCUUCCUCGACGUGGCCUCCAUCCUCGCGCGCCGCGUCGCCGUCGAGCUCAGCGACACCAGCUCCGGCGCCGACUCCGACUCCGACGACUCCGACCAGGUACACCCUUCCUCGACGUGGCCUCCAUCCUCGCGCGCCGCGUCGCCGUCGAGCUCAGCGACACCAGCUCCGGCGCCGACUCCGACUCCGACGACUCCGACCAGGUACACCCUUCCUCGACGUGGCCUCCAUCCUCGCGCGCCGCGUCGCCGUCGAGCUCAGCGACACCAGCUCCGGCGCCGACUCCGACUCCGACGACUCCGACCAGGUACACCCUUCCUUGACGUGGCCUCCAUCCUCGCGCGCCGCGUCGCCGUCGAGCUCAGCGACACCAGCUCCGGCGCCGACUCCGACGACUCCGACCAGGUACACCCUUCCUCGACGUGGCCUCCAUCCUCGCGCGCCGCGUCGCCGUCGAGCUCAGCGACACCAGCUCCGGCGCCGACUCCGACUCCGACGACUCCGACCAGGUACACCCUUCCUUGACGUGGCCUCCAUCCUCGCGCGCCGCGUCGCCGUCGAGCUCAGCGACACCAGCUCCGGCGCCGACUCCGAAUCCGACGACUCCGACCAGGUACACCCUUCCUCGACGUGGCCUCCAUCCUCGCGCGCCGCGUCGCCGUCGAGCUCAGCGACACCAGCUCCGGCGCCGACUCCGACUCCGACGACUCCGACCAGGUACACCCUUCCUCGACGUGGCCUCCAUCCUCGCGCGCCGCGUCGCCGUCGAGCUCAGCGACACCAGCUCCGGCGCCGACUCCGACUCCGACCAGGUACACCCUUCCUCGACGUGGCCUCCAUCCUCGCGCGCCGCGUCGCCGUCGAGCUCAGCGACACCAGCUCCGGCGCCGACUCCGACUCCGACGACUCCGACCAGCCGCGCCUGCACCGGCCCCUCGACCCGUGCCCCGCCCCGGCGAAGCCCGAACACAAGCUGCCCGCGCCCGCGCCCGCGUCCGCGCCCGCGUCCGCGCCCGCCGGCGUCAGCGUCGCCAUCACCAUCAAGCACGAGCGCGCCAACAACGGCGGCACUGUCCGCGAGCAGGCGCUCAAGCUCGAGCAGACCGCGCGCCAAGCCAAGCCCCCGCCGAGGACUUCCUCUAUCGACUCCUCCAAGCCUACGCUGGACGAACAGAGCUAUGUGAAGAACUCCUCUUUCUUGAGCCGCGACAUUCAAGCCCAGAAAACUAAAGAACCUGUCAACAAUUUUAAAAUCAAGCCGGAGUCGCCGGUCGUAAAGGAGGCUCCUCCGUCCGUACUCGGUGCAGACUCGCCUCCGCGGAAGGGCAUCCUGUCGCCUCCUAAGAAACAGGUCGUACCUCCGCCGAGGAGCGACGUACUGUCCCUUACGAAAUCCGAAGUCGCGUCCCCACCGAAACAAAUUAUCCCCCCACCUAAGAAAGAGAACUCUCCACCCGUUGCGACUUUCAAAAUUAAGAGGAACGACGAUUCGCCAGCUCCGAAAUCGAUUAUAAAGGAAUCUAAUGUCGCUAAAGAAUCGCCGAUGCCGUUAAAAACUGAAAAACUUUCGCUGGUCAAUAAUGGGGUUAUUAUAGAAAACGACGUUAAAAAGGACGCGAACGAUGGCGAUGGGGCCGGAGGCGGGGUCGCGGGCAACGAGGAGUCCAAUGGGGUCGGGGAUAAAAUUAAGAAGUUUGAGAAGGCCGCGGAGGAUGCCGGCGUGCCGCCCGGCCGGCUGUCCCGCUCGGGCUCCGUGCGCCGCGGCCGCACCGAGAGGCUCGGCUCGGACCCCAAGGAGGACCUCCCGCCUCCGGCCACACCCUUCAAGGAUAACGUUCACUUUGAACUCGGAAGUGCGACUUUAGGGCGGCAGCAGAGUUUAUCGAAGAACAGCCCGCCGUUGCCGAAAUGGCCUCGCGACCAACCCGCGGAACCGAUAAAGAAGGCCGAGCCGCAAAAGAUCAUAAAGCCGGAAUUCAAACCUAUGCCCUCGCCUGUCGACGUGACGAUCCGCUCGCCGAGCCUCGGCGUCAAGAUCGCCGACCAGUUCCCGUCCCACGGCACAGCCUUCCGCAACGUCGCCUCGCCCGCGCUCGAGGCCGACGUCGCCCGCGCCGUGCACAAGUUCGAGGACGCCGCUCUCAACAACUCGAAGCCCUGCAAGUCCAAGCCGAAGGAGAAGUCGUACCAGAUCAGCAAGGGGUCGAGCUACUUCACGCGCGGCUCCGAGGAGAUAUGGCUCGUGAAGAAAAAGGACAUAGAGGAGAUCGAGGAGCGCGUGCUGGACUCGUUUCGUCGCGCCGGCGGCAACGUCUGCGUGCGGAGCGAGUCGCUGCGGCCCGCGUCCGACGGCGGCCACGCGCACGGCGGCUUCUCGCACGCGACCAUGGGCCGCAAGCGGCAGAUGUACGCCCGCAGCGAGUCGCUCGACCCGCAGUGGGCCGGCACGCGCGCGCAGACACUGAAGCGGCAGACGUCGGUGGCGUGCACGUGCGGCCACGACAAGAAGACGCGUGCCAAGAGCCCGCCGCGGCCGCGCUCCCGCUCGCACGGCGACGACAACAACCAGGCGCACGUGCUCGACAAGUACGAGACGCUCGUGUAG